CUUACAGCUGUAACCCGAUCAUCGGUUUCCCAAGCACGAGAGAAAAGCAUGAAGUUAUUCCAUCUCGGUGUCACAUCCUCGCGCGCCGGCCUCUGGCUAGCAGUUGUCUCCUCUCUUUUCUUCCCGCACAUCUCCGCGAAUUCAUGCCAGCCGUAUACCUGGGACUCCCUUUCACCCAUGCGCAUCGCCUCCGUCGACGAUUCCGUCGACCUCGGUCCGACCGAGGGCGAACCCUUGGUGGUCAACCCGGGCGAGAUCAACUGUCGGUUUUGGACGAACACGCCCGAGGAAGUCGACUACUACACAUGCUCGCGGCUGGCCCGGCGCUAUCUGAUGCCUGUCGAGCAAUUCUUCUUCCUGAACCCUGAAUUGGACAAGGACUGCAGCAACAUCCAACCCCAGACUGAGUAUUGUGUCGAAGGAUCGAGGACUGCGCCCCCGGUAUCUGCUAUGAGGGCAUCUGUGAUGGCGACCAUAUCUACAGCACCGACGGUACGUGCGGCUACAACUACGGCUGGCGCGACUGUGCCGGCCACUGGGGAAACUGCUAGGAUCGGUGUGGCACUGGUGACGCUUCCUGCGGCAUCUUCACCUGCUAGAGACGAGCAACCGGCCGGCACAAAGUGGACAAAAGACGGCACCUGCGGCGGCACGGAGGGAAUGAGGUGCUCAGCCGAGUGGGGGAGAUGCUGCAACGUGAACGGCGUCUGCUGCGAAAAGCCGGCCGACUGUUAUGUCGAGCGGGGGUGCCAGGACGCGUUUGGAAUCUGUGCCUCGAACUCGACAUCUGCUGUAUCCACGUCUGCAGCCGUUUCGACUUUAACCGCUCCAGGAACCGUGACUUUAGGCAUCACUGCAACCACAAGUACCUCCACGGUGGCCCCUGCCCCUGCUUGCACCGGCGGCUCGAACGCGCCAGGCAUCACAGAUAACCUGAAGGGCCUGUGUUCAUACAGUUGCGACUACAAUCACUGCCUCGUUGGCGCAUGCGUCUGCACUGGGCCGGCCGCAGAGCCAGCCGUCGGUAUACCAGAGCAAACAGGCCGCCACGGCUGUCCAGCUGACAAUAUCACGGAGGACCUGGGGUAUUAUGAGGACCUCUGCGAGUUUACUUGCAGUCGCGGAUACUGCCCACCAGGUGCCUAUGGGGUGAAAGUACAAAGGUCGCGGUGAAACUUAGAGUGGAAUUUGUAAUAAGAGAAAGGGUGAAAGUAUUACUAGCUCCUUUGAAAGUAACGAAAGUUGAGGCAAAAGUCAGG